AAACAAAGAUGUUGUAAAGUAUUUGUUAAAUCAAGGAGCUGAUGUCAAUCUUCGUGCAAAAAAUGGAUACACAGCUUUUGACCUGAUAAUGCUGCUGAAUGAUCCAGACACAGAGCUUGUACGGUUACUGGCAUCAGCAUGCAUGCAAGUAGACAAAGACAAGAAUAAACUGAACAACAGAUCGUCUUUGCCUUGUUCCAGAAGUAGGCAAUCCUUAAAUGUCCCAAUGUUGCCAGAUGACAAAGGAGGUCUAAAGUCCUGGUGGAGCAGGAUGUCCAAUCGAUUCCGCAAGCUGAAGUUGACUCAGACGUUGCGCCAUGGAUUUCCUUCCAAUCAGUUUGUGCCUUUUCCUGAUGAGCCUGAACCAUCAUUAAAUUCCACCAUUAAAGCAGUUUCACAGAGUGAUAUGGACACGUCUGGAAACCUUGAUGCUGCUACAGCUCCGAUCACAAGUAACACAGGUGUAAACACUGCAAAAGGAGGAAAGGAGGAUGAGUUAUUGACAACCAUGCUGAGAAGUAGUGCGCCAUUUACCAGGCUGCCCAGCGAUAAACUGAAAGCAGUGAUACCGCCUUUCUUACCGCCCUCAAGUUUUGAGCUUUGGAACUCUGACCGAACACGAAUCAGCAAAGAUGGAAAAGCUGAACAGAUGAGAACUGCCUGGCCACAGAGGGCAAUCAAGCACGAUUUUAACAGCAGUGGGAGCUCUGAUAUAACGUCUGUUAGCAAAGGUACUAGGCCAGUCAAAUUACCAGCAUUUGCAAGAAGACCUGCAUCUCCUUCAAAUUCCAACAACUUCAACCAUUCUCCCCAUUCUUCUGGUGGAUCCAAUAACAUUGCGGGAAUUAACAGGCAUGGAGGAGAACUGCAUAACAGAUCAGGUGGCAGUGCAGAUAAUGUUUUGUCUCAGAUUGCAGCUCAAAGAAGAAAAGCAGCAGGCUUACCUGAACAGAAACCCAGCCAACAGCAUAGUCCAGUCCAGUCAACUCCUUCAUCCACCCUGUCUGAUUUGCAGUGUGCUCAAGUUGUUGGCAACGGACAUGUGGUAAAGGUACACAGAAAUCAAAAACUGGAGAUGAACAAAAGACCUCCAUCUGGGACUUCAUCUACGUCUAAAAGCACAUCGCCAACUCUCACACCAUCCCCAUCACCCUCCCCGUCUCCUAAGGUCCACAACACAGAGUCCUCUCUCUCUUCUUCUCACAGACAGGCCAAGAGCAAUGGUUCCAGCAGUGGUACGAUUACGGAAGAUGGCAACCAACUGGUGGACCAUCAACAACUUGUCCCUAUUCUGAGAACCAGCGAUGUAGACAAUCAUGAAAGACGAAACCAUGUGAGAGUAAAAGGAGGUUCUGAAAACUUGGAGAAAGAUGAGCUGACUGGCAUCCUUAAAAAAUUGUCCCUUGAGAAAUAUCAGCCUAUUUUUGAGGAACAAGAGGUGGAUAUGGAAGCCUUCCUCACACUUACUGAUGGUGAUUUGAAAGAGUUAGGUAUUAAAACUGAUGGAUCAAGGCAGCAAAUUUUGGCAGCUAUUUCUGAACUGAAUGCAGGAAAGGGACGAGAGAGACAGAUUUUACAAGAAACUAUACACAACUUCCACUCUUCUUUUGAGAGUAGUGUGAGUAACACACGACCUCCAGGUCAUUCCCAAUCACCUGGCUGCUCUAUUAAACCACAAGAAGCUGCUUCUUCUAAAAGGUAGCUACUGGAAAAAAAAGAUUAUUUUUUUUCUUACGGUGAAGUUUGGCAUCUG